UAACCGAUCCACAGCAUUCAAAAAUCUUGCCUGGGCUGGUUGUUCGACCAUGCCCACAGAACAAGCGCCCCAAAAGCCUGUUCGUUCGAAAGGGAAGAAAAAGAAUGUUAGUUCCAAGGGGAAGAAUAAUAGUGAGGCAGCGAAGGAUAUGGAUGCGCCUAACAGCCUACCCCCGGCACGCAAGAAAAGGAAGGAGCGUCAAAGGGCCACAGAACCCAGAUGGGACUGGCAGCCAAUCUCCCCCUCAACGUUAUCAGAUGUUCCACCUCUUUUCUCCAAAGACGCAAGAUAUAUCUUCGUGGUUCAGGGAGAAAAUAUCAAUAUCUACUCUAAUGCGACGUGUCGCAUGGUUUCCUUGCUUCCGUUAUCUUCGAACUCUGUUCAUGGGAUGGACCACGACGCUGUAUGCGGUUUAUUACUAAAUCCCCACAACCCAUAUCAGCUUUAUGUGAUCAUGAAGCAGGGUAGAAUACUCGUGUGGGACUACAUGGAUGCAGUUUUAUUGACAACGUUUGACUUUGGGAUGAACAUACUCGCCAUCUGCACUCACACCAGCCACGAAGACUCGCUGUUCAUAGCAUGCCCCCAUAAAACUCAGUCAUGCUACGAAAUUUUUCGCGUCACCUUCUGGCCGAACUUGGCGUCAACGUCUGCAUCAUCUCAGGUUGCCAAAAAACCUCGAAUCAUGGGGAUUUCGUCUUCUGGUUCCUGGCUCGUGGUCGUCGUGGGUGCAUCAGUUUGCCUUCUCAACCUUAAGGAUGCCUUCCAGGACGCAGAAGACCAGCAUCUCGUCGAAUAUUCUGUAGAAGCUCAUAUUACUGCUUUGGCGUGCCAUCCCGGCAAAGAGAUUUUUGCCACAGGUGAUGAGAGGGGCAAAAUUGAGAUCUGGUUCUGCCUGAACGGGUCUCAAAAGUCUGGGAAGUACCGGAACGCGCCCACUAGCACUAUGCACUGGCACUUUCAGCCCAUGAAGGCCUUGACUUUUACUGCUAACGAAAACACCUUAUUGAGCGGUGGUGGAGAAGGAGUUCUUGUUAUAUGGGAUGUGGAGAGUCAGAACCGACAGUUCAUACCGCGUGUUGGCGCUGCCAUCCAUUCCAUUGUCGCCGUUCCCUCGAAUCAACUGCGAGACCAGGAGUAUGUUUUGGGACUGAAGGAUGGUAGCAUGUUAUCCAUAGAUGCUGGCGGAACAUCCAUCUCUAGAUCUUUUCCUCAAGUAAAAAACACGAGUCUUUCUCUAAUCCAAAAUCCGACACACAUACCCUUGGAUAUUCAUCCUUUUACAUCGCAUAUCGUGAUGCCGUCAUCAUAUCCAUCUUGUCUCCAGAUAUACUCAAAGCGAGACUCCGAAUUCAUUGCAGAACUGGAAGUCUCGCCAUCGAAUCGAGUUCUAUCUGGCGAAAAGUACCGUCAAGUUGUUCAUGCCAGAGUAACUCAUGUUGCGAUAUCCAAAGGGGGGACGGACGCUAACCACAACGGAGAAUGGAUGGCCACAAUAGAUCAUUCUCCCGACGGUCGGUGUUUCACAUCCCAAACUAUUCUCAAAUUCUGGCAUUGGGAGGACAAUGGAGGAACGUCUUUUGCCCUUCAUACACGAGUCAAUCAUCCCCAUGGAACUUUCGGCGUCACAUCCCUCUCUUUCAAACCUUUUUUGGCUCGCAAGGACCCCUGCGUACUUGUAACCACCGGAGGGGAUGGAACAGUGCGGCUCUGGAGCCUCAGCUCGCAAAUUGACAAGGCCGGCAACAUCAUUUUUCUAUGGUCGCCACGUUCAAGACUUAACUAUCGCAACCAGAUACCUGCAAAGGCGGUGUGGUCUCCAGAUGGUUCUAUCAUCGCGGUUGGAUUUGGACCAUAUCUAACCUUGUGGGAUACCUUCUCCCAUACGCUACUUGAUUCUCGGGUAUGUAUAGAGGUCCCCCUGGUGGAUGAUCUGUGUUUUGUUGGGCGCGAUGGCAAGCAACUCGCUGUUGCCGGCUCGGGAGGGAUCGUUCUUUGGGAUCUUAUUUCCAGAUCGAUGCUUUGGCACUUCGCGGAACAGCUAUCGCGACCACUAUUAUGCUCGCAUCCUGAAAAUGAGUACUUUACACUAGUGUAUCCCACGCAGCGUGAAGGGACCGGUCGAGCAAGCGUCUUUGGUAUCUCUUCAUCCGAGCCUUUGCGUUCCAGGAUGCUACCCGAGGUGCCUGCGACUCUGAUAUGGAACACUGCUGCCGAGCCGACCUUGUCCCCGGAUAUGUUCUCACUUUUGGGUGUUACCAGAAGUGGGACUGUUGUGGUUCUAGGUGAUCAAGUUGGACCUGCCAGGAAUGCCAUCACAGAAAGCGUUCCCCUUUCAAACGCAUCCGUUUCGAUGAAUUCUAGAUCAACCCUUUUCCAAGACAUCUUUGGUGAAUCGGCUCUUGGGAUGAUGGGCGAGCAGGCACCAUCGGAUCCACCUUCGAUACCUUCCACGGCUGUUUACCUUCCCCUCAAUCUAGACCCACUCGAAGGGCCAUCACAUCUCCUUCCACCAAUCGAAACACUUUUCGACACCCUUAUUCGCGGGUUUUUCGGGGAACGGCCCCCAAAGGUUUCGCCCACCACGUCGGUGGCGCAACGUCCGAAGGAGAUUGUUCCGAUCACUGAGGAUGAUGACAUGGAGUUGGAUAAUAAAGGACCGUUAGAUCCUCACCCUGCACGCAGGCAGGUCGGUAAGAGGGAGUUAGAUGUUUUCACUAACCUCUUUAAGACGCACACACUGAAUGCCGAGCUACCCUUGCCCUCUUCACCGCAAAAGGAUUCUCCACUGCAUUCAGUAGCGACGCCCAAUGGUCCCACGGCGAAAGUCAAUGGCACCGGUGCAAUGGUCAAUGGUAAUCAUAGCGCUGUUAGUCAUACAAAUGGGAGCGCAUCGCAUUCGACACCCAAGACGCCCAAAGUAGAGUCACGGCCCCACUCGUCGAAGGAGCAUUCCAAAACAGAUAUCACUCAAAGUUCACCCGCUCCUUCGCAACCCAAGUCCACAGAGUUUUCACCAUUGGUUGGGAAGAAACGGAAAAAAAUCGAAUCAUAAAUUCGUUAAUUCAUCAUUUGUUUUGGUAUCAUUCACUUGCAUGUUUAUGUUUAUACGCAACUUCUCUGCUCCAGUUUUCUUUCAUUUUUCUUUAUUUGUACGUUGCGCAUAAUGCUCCAAGCAAUAGUUCUAAUGAGACAAUCGUCCUCCAUCCUUAUGGACAUACCGGUUGACAGGAAAUUGAACAUAAACAUGUACAGUAGGCGUAUAUGCAGGCACAAUUGGAUA